AUGGAUAGCUGGGUCUUGGGCACAGCCAGUAAUGGAGAAACAAAGCUAGUGUACCCAGUCAUGGGGAAGAUGGAGGAAGGUGGCACCCUGGAAUGGGGGCACUGGAACAACAGGAUGGAGUUUGUGCUGUCUGUGGCCGGGGAGAUCAUUGGGCUGGGCAACGUCUGGAGGUUUCCCUAUCUCUGCUACAAAAAUGGGGUAGGUGCUUUUUUCACCCCCUACCUCAUCUUCCUUUUUACCCGUGGCAUUCCUAUCUUCCUCUUGGAGACAGCACUGGGUCAGUACACAAGCCAGGGAAGCAUCACAGCCUGGAGGAAGAUCUGCCCCAUCUUUGAGGGCAUCGGCUACGUCUCCUAGAUGAUCCUCUUGCUCCUCAACACCUACUACAUCAUUGUCCUGGCCUGGGCCCUCUUCUACCUCUUUAGCAGCUUCACCAUCGACCUUCCCUGGAGAAGCUGCCGCCACAAGUGGAAUACAGAGCACUGUGCGGAGUUCCAGAGGAUCAAUGGCUCCCUGAAUGUGACCUCUGAGAAUGCUACCUCUCCUGUCAUUGAGUUCUGGGAGAGGUGGGUCCUGCAGGUAUCUGAUGGCAUCCAGCACCUGGGGGCCCUAUGCUGGGAACUAGCUGUGUGCCUCUUGCUCGCCUGGGUCAUCUGCUACUUCUGCAUCUGGACGGGGGUCAAGUCCAUGGGCAAGGUGGUGUACUUCACAGCCACAUUUCCUUACCUCAUGCUGGUGGUCCUAUUAACUCAAGGGGUGACACUGCCGGGGGCAGCCCAAGGGAUUCAGUUUUACCUGUACCCAAACUUCAUACACCUGUGGGAUCCCCAGCUUUCCUGCCUUUUCCCUGUGUCUGUGUGGAUGGACAGGGGCACCCAGAUCUUCUUCUCCUUCACCAUCUGCGUCAGCUGCCUCACAGCCCUAAGCAUCCACAACUGCUACAGGGACUGCAUUGUCCUCUACUUCCUCAACAGUGGCACCAGCUUUGUGGCCAGAUUUGCCAUCUUGUCCAUCCUGGGCUUCAUGUCCCAAGAGCAGGGGGUGCCCAUCUCCAAGGUGGCCAAGUCAGGAGAGUGCCCCGGCCUGGCUUUCAUUGCCUACCCCCAGGCAGUGGCGAUGCUGCCUUUCUCGACUCUCCGGGCCUGCUUCUUCUUCUUCAUGAUAACCCUCCUGGGACUGGAUAGUCAGUACGUGUGUGUAGAGAGCCUAGUGACGGCGCUGGUGGACAUGUACCCCUGGGUGUUCUGUAAGAAGAACCGAAGGGAGGCCCUCAUUCUUGGAGUGCCUGUCGUCUCCUUCUUUGUUGGGCUAGUCAUGGUCACGGAGGGCGGUAUGUAUGUGUUUCAUCUCUUUGACUACUAUGCAGCCAGCGGCAUGUGCUUCCUGUUUGUUGCCAUCUUCGAGUCUCUCUGUGUGGCUUGGGUCUAUGGAGCCGGGCACUUGUAUGACAACAUUGAAGAUAUGAUUGAUAACAGGCCUUGGCCUCUUAUCAAAUAUUGUUGGCUCUUCUUCACACCGGCUGUGUGCACAGCCACCUUCCUGUUCUCCCUGGUCCAGUACACCCCGCUGACCUACAACAAGAAGUACACGUACCCUUGGUGGGGGGAUGCCCUGGGCUGGCUCCUGGCGCUGUCCUCCAUGGUCUGCAUUCCUAUCUGGAGCUUCUACAAACUCAGCGCUCUCAAGGGCUCCUUCAGAGAGAGACUUCGCCAGCUUGUGUGCCCAGCUGAGGAACUGGCCCAGUGGAGCCAAGCAGGACCCUCUGUCCCUGCCUCACCCAAGACAUCACUUCUCAGACUCGUAGAACUAGAGUCCCACUGCUAG